GCCGACAUCUGCCCUGGUUUCCUUCCAGCCUUGUCUGUCUGCCCCAGGGUUUUCAAACACAGAAUGGCACCCUCCACACACACACAGACAUACACACAGACACACUCCAUCUCCAGGUCACCUGUGCCUUUGCAGAGUCCAUGCUUCUCUCUGCAACAGGGUGGUGGCCUUUUGCGACGAAUAGGUAAGCUUCAGCUCAAUCAGUUCUGGCUAGUCUUUUCUCUUCUACGUAAGAUUCUUUACACCUUAUUGAAGCAUGCCACAAGUCUGAAGCUCACUGUGCAACGUCAAGUAUGCAAGAAGUAUUACCCUUUUUAUUUCCCAUCAGCAUCUUAAAUCAGACUCCAGCCCCCAUUCUGCCAGCCUAGAGGGAAAUUUCAUGUCAGUGUUUUUAGGGGCCUCCCUUUCCCUCAGGGGGUAUGUCCUGGAACCCAGCGGAUUUUCCUGGCAUCUGAAAGGUGAGGAACUGGCCUCUGCCAUUGAUACAUCACAAUAGUGGCCUCUUGCAGCCUCACAACUGUGUCUGCCUCAGGGCCACCAAUGGAAGCAGGAAACCUCUUGCUUAAGGUCUGCUCUCCCUAGCAUAUCCCAUGCAGCUGUCCUCAGGGUUCUACCCACCGCCUUGGGGGCGCAGAGCAGUGCACCAGCCCCCUUGCUGGGAGCUGACAGAUCUCCUUUUCCUUUCCAGACCUGUGUUGGGGUGGGGGGUGGUGAUGGAAAGGCCAGUAUCUUUUUGGCACCUUCUUACCCAUCAUCUCCCCCUCUGCUCCCCUCCCCUCCCCCAGAAGUUCAGCAGAGUGUCCUCAAUGGGUUUAGAUGUUGUUAACAAAGACGGACUUCUUUAGGCUGCUCUGUCUUCAGCUGGACAAAAAUGCCAAGCCUGCCACCUGUUUUAAAUGAGCUAGAAAGGAAAAUUGUUGAGAGGAUAAAUAGUAAAAUUCCAGAGUUGUCCUGCCAUGCUGAUUGGGAGGCCAUAGUAAAGGCAAACAUCCCCAAAUUGUGGGUGACUAUGGGAAUGAAGAGGAGGCAACAAAUUUGAGAGACAAUCAGCUUACAGAGUCUGUGCGGCUUAACCAGUGAGAAAAAUCUGGACUCCAGCUGGCUUUGGAGAAGCUAGGAAGUGACAUGGGAAGGGACUGACUUUGGACUCACCAACUCUGGGUCCCAUCCCAGCUCAGCUGUGUGCUGGUGCCCAUGGGCAAAUGAGCGGAAUCUUUAAGCCUUAGUUUCCCUGUAAGUAAAACAGGGCUCAUGCAAAAGUCUACUUAUGUGGUUGUUGAGGGUGUUAAGUGCUUAAGAUGAUAACCCUCGCCUGGGGAGCAUUUUUGAGCCUGGCUGUUCUGGAGUGGUGCCAUUUGCUAUGCCAGGUAAUGGAGGAGGAGGGGCAGUCCAGGGCUUAGGGUGUGAUGUGGCAUUAGGACAGGUCACCUUGAGAAGCUGGGUAUCCACGUGGAGAGGUGUGGAAGGUAGUUAGAUGUAUUCACCUGGAAUUUGAAAGAAAGCUCAGGAUUGAAGAUCCAGAUUUGGGAGGGCUCUGACCUCAAGGAGCAUUUGAAACCUUGGGUUGUGCAGAAGGCCCCGAGGGAGGUCAGUGUACAGCGUGGGAGGUGGAAGACCGGUGCCAGCUCCACAGCCUGUUCCACCUCUGCUGGUUGCACUGCAAUAUGCCCCUGUCAUCCUUCACGUGACAUCACUGUCCAGAGGUGAAUCUGGAUAUCACAGUUAGGGCUUCCACCUCAAAGAUACAAUCUCAUUGUUCACCGUGAUGCAUGUCUCUGAAGUAAGAUUUAGACUUGUCUGUAAUCUACCAAAUCGGGUGGGCGCCUUUCCACCCGGAACCAUGGUCUUUAGAAAAUAAAAUAAAAUGUAUCUAAGGGGCUUUUCAAAAACAAACCUUACACAUCUUUAAUCUGGAGGAUUCUUUCACUGCAAACCAGGGCAGACUUCUCAGUGUUUGGGGGUUGCCCAAUUCUUUCCCACUCAGAUCAUUAGAAACAAAAAAAGUCAGUCUGAAGAAUUUGCUUAAGUAAAACCAGGAGUAGCUAGAAGUGAAUGGGCUGAAACUGGAAGGAAAUCCCUUUGUUCAAUUUGGGUUUCAGUGAAUGCCCAGCGGGCGGCUAAACCAGUUCAUUAACUGAGAAAAAGACAUGUUCUUAAAUGCUGUUCUCAGAAGCAAAUGCUUAGAAAAACAUAUUGUGACAGCAAAAAUGCAUUCUGGAAAUCAUAUGCUCUAGAGUCAUGGAGGCUGAGUUUUUAUCAUCAGUGGAUAAACAAAUCAUUUCCAAAAAAAUAUUUUCCCCUUCAUUAAAAACAAUUAACUAAUCUGUUGACUACAUGCCAGUCUCCGUUCCUAGAAAAAUGUGAUUUUUCUUGCAACUCUGGGACUUAGGAACUUUUAUCAUUGGGAUAGCUUUAUUUUAUAGGGUCCUUUUUACCACAUACUUAAAAUUUUUCUUUCUCUUUGCUUUUGAAAUCUAAAUUCUAACCUGCGAAGCCGUCUGCAGAGUAGCAUCCUGUCAGACUGAGAUGUGUUAUUUUUUUCCAGUCUCUGUUCUGCUUUAUUAAAUUGUCAUAUAUUGCACAUGUGUCUCCCCCAGGCCUGCCCUGGGUCCUCUGGCACAUUGUUAACUAUUUAGGCGUCAUACUGGUGCCGAGAUGGCAGGUGGGAAGGGCCCAGGGACUUGAUCCCUCCCUGCCAGGGUUCUCCUCUUUCACUAGGGCUGCUUACAUUGAACAGCUUAAGAAUAAGCUCCUGUGUGAGCCCUCCGAGGCCAGGGGGUAUUGUUGAAUUCAGAAAGGAGUCGCUUUCUUUUGGUGAUAAUUUGAAUAUUUUGACAAUGAAGCUAAGCUACUCCACUGUCUGGUUUGGUACCUCACGUUAUGGGCUCCCUUUCCUGUGAAGCAGGAGAGUGCCCCCGCCUCCCUGAAUACAUAAAUUGGUAUUGUCUGUUGGUGAGAUGGGUAGGCGCAGGGGAGGAAUCAUCCAGAAGAAUUUCUGCAUUGCUUUAAUGUUCUUUACACCUCUUUAAAAACAAUUUUAAUACAAGCCUUUGGAGACCACCUAAUUAAACCACCAGGAUAAAUGUUGAGCAUUUUGAGAGAAGGGAUGGACCGUGAGGAUGAUUUGUGAAGUGUUUAUAUGGGGAAAACAAAUGCUCUGAACGAUUCAGACAAAUAACCUGCUCACUUCUAUUUUUUUUUCCCCCUGAAUUGUGAAGGGUAAUUUUUAAACUUUAGUUGCCUAAAAAUGGCCUUAAUUUUUCCAUUUUUAAUUUAAAAGGAUGUUCUCUUACAGAAUAAAUGGACAUGGCCUUUUGAAUUAAAUUAAGAGAGGCAAACAGGCAACCAAGUAAAUAAAUCAUGUAGGUGAGAUAUAAUCAGCUUUGUUUCAUAAUAGAUUUUACCUUUGUAUUGGUUAAGAAAAUCCUGAAAAGCUUUCCCUGUAAGAGGAUUGAUGGAUUGGAAUCAUCUUAGUUAAAAAGAAGGCAAGUUUUAUGAUUAAUUAAUUGGUGAUCACAGGUACUGGUUUCCAAAUGCUCAUCAGGCUUCAGUGGCGUGAAGCUGCCUGUAGAUCUGGCUUCAGAGAACUUGGUGAAAACAUAUUUUGAGGGCCCCCCUGAUGCUGGUACAGUCUGCUCUAGUUUGCCUCGUGGUGUAGGAAUCUAUAUUUUUAAAGGAUUCCAUACUCAUUCGAAGGCAGGUUUGGUGACCAUUUAAUUGAAUAUUCAAUCUAGAGGCGUCAUCCUUUUCACCUUGCAAAUAUGAUAAAUGUUAUGUGUUUAUAUGAAGCUUUUGUUAAAAAUGAGUGCCAACUGGUUAUUACAUUGCUGACUUUCUUUCAAUUCAUAAUUUGUUUCAGGUUCUGUUAUUGCAUAGAUUUGCAUACCUGUUUUAUGGUAUUUUAAUACUGUUGGUUUAAAAAAAACACCAUUUCCUCUGAGUGCUGUUUUGAAUAUUUUGUGUAAGCAAUUUCAUGUGUUCUUGUAUUCCUGUUUCAGAAAGCAGGGGAAAACUUGAGAGUUUUUCUAAUCCAGUGGCAAGUAGGACAAAGGAUUUCAGUACUUCAAAAUCGUCUAAAAUACUAAAUCUAUUUAAAAUGCAUGAAAAAGAAAUCACUAGAAAAUCUCUGUACAUCAUCAGCUGUGUGGCUGUGCGUAACGGGGGGAUGUCUUUCUAGUUUCAUUCACUGAAGAUGUGCAAGGUCUCUCCUUACAGGUUUGAAUCUUCAGACAAGCCUCUGGGAGGACUCCAUUCCUGUCUCGCCCCUGACGGUUCCUGUCACCCAGUAGGUUACAACGUGCUUUCAGAACCGCCUUGUUCAGUUGACUGUCUUCACCAGCCUGUUGACGUCCAUCAGAGUGCCUGGUCAGCACAUCUGAAAGGGAAGUUGGGAGAAGCAAAGCCCAUGGCCACGUUCUUCUGCCAGUUAUGUGGGAAGACGUUCCUCACCCUGGAGAAGUUCACUGUCCACAAUUAUUCCCACUCCAGGGAGCGGCCAUUCAAAUGCUCUCAGCCUGAGUGCGGCAAAGCCUUUGUUUCCAGAUAUAAAUUGAUGAGGCACAUGGCCACCCAUUCUCCCCAGAAGACUCACCAGUGUGCUCACUGUGAGAAGACCUUCAACCGGAAGGACCACCUGAAGAACCACCUGCAGACCCAUGACCCCAACAAAAUGGCCUACGGGUGCGAGGAGUGUGGGAAGAAGUACAACACGAUGCUGGGCUACAAGAGGCACCUGGCCCUGCAUGCGGCCAGCAGUGGGGACCUCACCUGUGGGGUCUGUGCCCUGGAGGUGGGGAGCACCGAGGUCCUGCUGGACCACCUCAAAGCCCACGCGGAAGAAAAGCCCCACAGCACGACCAAGGAGAAGAAGCACCAGUGCGACCACUGCGAAAGAUGCUUCUACACCCGCAAGGAUGUGCGACGCCACCUGGUGGUCCACACAGGAUGCAAGGACUUCCUGUGCCAGUUCUGCGCCCAGAGAUUUGGGCGCAAAGACCACCUCACCCGUCACACCAAGAAGACACACUCCCAGGAGCUGAUGAGGGAGAGUCUGCAGACCGGAGAUCUUCUGAGCACCUUCCAAACCAUGUCACCUUCCUUUCAGCUGAAGGCUGCUCCCCUGUCUCCUUUCCCAAUAGGAGUUCCUGCCCAGAAUGAGCUGGCAAGUAGCUUGCCACCUGAGGUCCACGACCUGUCCCUGGAUCUCCCAGAACAAGCUGCCCAGCCUAUGCAGCUCCUGGCAGACCCCCUGGUCUCCCUCCACCCCUUGCUGUCUCCUAACUCUCCCCCUCCGGUCCUGCCUGAUCACAAGUACAGCACCACUUCUACCUCAUACUCCCCACAACUGGUAACCCUGCCUCUGAAAGCAGAUGCUAAAGGUUUUUGUAAUAUCAGUUUGUUCGAGGACUUGCUUCUGCAAGAGCCUCAGUCACCUCACAAGCUCAGCCCAGGUUUUGAGCUUGCUAAGGGAAGUGCUGGUAAAGUAAGCCUCCCCAAGGAGCUACCAGCAGAUGCUGUGAACCUAACAAUUCCUGCCUCUCUGGAUCUGUCCUCCCUGUUGGGUUUCUGGCAGCUGUCCACACCUGCUACCCAGAAUGCCUUUGGGAAUAACACCCUGACCCUGGGGCCGGUGGAAGCACCUCUGCCUCACAGGUUAAGCUGUCUGGGGCAGCAGCAGCAGGAGCCCCCACUAGCCGUGGGCACUGUGAACCUGGGCCAGCUGCCCUUGCCCCCUGCCCCCCAUGUUUUCUCAGGGGGCACCAGCUCUGCCAUCCUGCCUCAUUUCCACCAUGCAUUCAGAUAAGUGGUUUUUAAAGUGUAUUUUGCUUAUCGUGGAAGAUGUUUUAAGAAGCAUUUUAGACGUCAGUUGUAAUGCAAGGAAAGAUUUCGGAAAUGACUAGGAAUAUGGCUUAUUUAGUGAUGACUGGCUUGAGAUAAGAGAAUUCUUGAACUGCAUGUAUCGUGCCAACCUGUCCUGAGUGUUUAUGCUUUGUACCAAAUUUAAUGGACGCGUGUUGUGUAAUCAAGCUGCAAAUACUGUCAUAACCAACAUCCAAAAUGAUGGCUGCUAUAUAUAAGUGUUUGUCAUAUGGAGUUUAAUUGUAAGCCAUGAUCGUAAUGAUGUUAACUAGAUAACUUUGUGUAGCACUGCCUAGUAUGGGAACUAUGGAAAGCUUUGGAUGUCUCCAAAUGGGGAGAAUUUUUUUCAAGAUAAGAUAAUAACCUUUAUAUGGCAUAUUGUAACUAGGCUGUGUAUUUCUUUUCAGGGAUUUUUCUAUGUUCAGGGUUGGAUGUAGUUUAGUUGCUAUUACCAUAGCCAACCUGUAGUUUUGCAUAAACAAUUUCUUGUGGAGCAGUAGAUUUCUCCAUUUCAAAAAAGCAUUUUAAAUGUAGUUUGAAUAUUUUCCAUAUGAUGCUGCAAUGUGAGCUAUUACUUCGUUUAUCUUAAAGACUAAACUGGUUGUCAGUUAUAUCUGACAGAAAAAAAAAAAUCACUGUGUAACCAGGUUAAGUGGUAAUAUAAUCCAGGCGUCAGUCAAGGUAUUUUGCUGACUUUAAUAUUGAUUAUAUUUUUAACAGGAAUUUAAGAUAAUAUUACUGGAAUUAAAUAUAUAUGUUAAACAAGAAUUUUCUUUGCUCUGUCUCGCUUAAACAACUACUCAGCUGCUUAAAUUCCUAAGUAUUGUUUGUAAUCACCAAUAAGUAAAUGCAUUUGUAAUUCAGCUUAAGUCAUUAUUAGCUUUUAUUCAGAAGAUUACAUUUUACAAUGUGUAACUAUAAUCUGUCUCUUGAAUUUGGUGUCUUAUUAAUGAGUUUUAAAAAUGUAAAACCUAACCUUUUUGAAAGCUCUUUUGUCUUUUGUUUGUAGAGGCUUUCUUUUCCAUAAACAUGUAUCGUACAUAUAAUAAAGCUUUAAAAUCUUGCA